ACUCUGUUCUUUGACAGAAAUGGCAACCACGGAAGUAGAGCGCAGACGAGGUCAGCUGGCUGCUCUGUCCAUUGCAGCGGUGGUCAUCGUGGUGGGCGUCCCUCUGUGGUGGCGAACAACUGAAACGUAUCGAGCUUGGCUUCCUGUCGCUCAGAUACGACAGCUGGCUAAACUCCAGCUCCAGCUGAGUGCUGAUGUGGAGCUGGUGUUUGCUCGUGGUACCGUGACACCGGAGCAGCAGAAGAAGUUGCCGCUGACACAGACGCAGGAGAAGGAACACGUAGUCAACGAAGAGACAACUUUGAGGUACAGGUAUGAGACGAGGUACCGCACCGCAACGAUCAUGGAGGAGGACGCCCUGAACAAACCCACUCCUGCAGAAGCAGAUCUGUCUCUGCACACGCUCAGUGAGAGUCCUUGUGGUUCUCUGGUCUUAUACGUGAUCCCGGAGUCGUCCUCCCUGCUGCCUGAGAAUGUGAACGUGUACAUCGGUCAGCGUCGAACCGCCCUGAUUCGUAUCGGUACCCUGACGGGAGUGGGUAAGUCUCUGGAGCAGCUGCUCUCUCACCUGGAGCCUCGCGUCAAUCAGGUGCUGCAGGUGAUGUCGUUCAGCCACGCCGACAUCAAGGCUGCCCUCAGUGACAGAGUCCGCUUCAAACCCAGCAGCCAGGAGAGCAUCGCUGACAGCAUGAGAGCCUUCAAAUCCAGUCCAGGUUUUGAGAUAACUUUCAGUCUGCUGAACCCUGACCCAAAGUCCCACCAGCUGCACUGGGACAUCGAGGGCGCAGUUCAGACCUACAUCCAGCCUUUCCUCACAAAGCUCUCUUCUGUGGCCAACUUUAGCAUAGACUCUCAGACGCUGUACUACGCCGUGCUCGGUGUGAACCCUCGCUUCAACAGCAGCCGCAGUGCCUUCAUCCUGAACGCUGACAGCCUCGCUCACGUCAUCAACCCCGUGGAGGCCCGACUGGGCUCCAAUGCUGCAUCGUCCAACCCCGUUUUGAAUUUUCUUUUGUACGUCCCCGACGCUCACCACUCACCUCUUUACAUCCAGGAUCACAGGAAACAGGAAGUGCCCUCUAAUGCAUUUCACUCUCCACGUUGGGGAGGAAUAAUGGUUUACAAUGUGAACCGUUUUUAUGGUCCAGAGGCUGAGUUUCCAGUUGACGUCAACAUCAACAUGGCUGAAGUCAUGGGAGUGUUCCUCGCACAGCUUCGCCUGCUGCUGGGGGUGCAGUCCUCCCCUCCUCUCCACGGCGUCCUGGUAGCGCCGUGCGGCAGCGCAGGCUUAGCUGACUGGGAGCUGGACCGCCUCAUGUGGAGCCGCUGUGUGGAGAACAUUGCAACAGCGACAACGACCAUUACCUCACUUUCACAGCUGCUGGACCAGAUAGGCAACAUUGUCAUCAACGACAACAUUGCUGAGCAGGUGUCCAGCGCUGUCAACUCUCUGCAGCUGGCUGUGGCGGAACUGCAGGCCGGAAACCUCCGAGUUGCUCUGGAGCUCAGUAAAGAGGCCAUCCUGGCGUCAGAGAAAGGCUUCUUCGAUCCUUCACUCCUCCAUCUCCUCUACUUUCCUGACGAUCAGAAGUUUGCCAUCUACAUCCCACUCUUCCUACCCAUGUGUGUGCCCAUCCUGCUGUCGCUGCUCAAAAUCGCAUCUGAGGCGAGACAGAGACGCAGAGAAAAGCAAGCCAAGAAGGACUGAGAGGACGUAAACGGUGCGAUGAACAAAAACUGCUGCUUUGACAGUUAAGAACAUUAAGUGGAGGUUGAGGUUCAGCAUUUAUAAGGCAGUCAUGAAAAGUUUUAUUCUUUUGUUUAAACUAGGGAUUUGGUUUUUGUUGUAAGAUUUUACUGAAAGACUACUGUAACUGGCCCUGUACAGUUUAAAGCUUGAAUUAUUGU